AAAAACAAACACGAUCGGACGUUGAAUAUCGAACUUCUCUAAACUCUAAGAAAAUCGUAAAUAAACUUUCCAAAAAUGGAGAAACACGCAUAUGCUACGUAUGCACGUAAUGCCAAAGAAGUAGAGGACGCUUUAAUUCUCUUGAAAUCCAUUAAAGAAACAAAGAGUUUUAAACAAGUGCUGAUUCUACAGGACUCUGCAAAUUGCGGACAUGAUUCCUGGAAUAAAUUGGAUAUUGCAUUUGACAAAGUUAUUAAAAUCCAAAUGAAUUGCGAGUACGACGUCGAUCACGUUAAAUUUCAACUCUUUUUAGCCUGUGCAAGUCUAUGGGACUUUGAUCGCAUCUGCUUAAUCUACCCAAACGCAUUGGUAAAUGGAUUGACGGUCAGUUUGGCGAUAGCCAGUUUGGAGAAAAAAAAUUUUCGCCAAUGUGGCAAAAAAUUGUUAUGA